AAUAGUUUCUGGAUUAGAGAGUUUCAAGGCUAUCGUGGGAAAGCAGCAAUGAGAGCCUUCUUUUUGACAGUAACCCUAAAAGGUGUGCUGCUUCUUAUCAGCCCCUUCUGGGCAGGGGCGGCCUAUCAGCGGCACCAAAUGUACCUGACAUAGACCCACCUUGAGGUGGCAUCUUUCCAGCAACCUGUGGGAGCCAAUCAUAUCACUCGUGAUGAAACCCUGCAGCUCAAGAUAAUGUCGCUUGGCCCCGGACGCUGUACAGCUUGUGCCUUUUCCUGUCUUCCUGAGAAAGUUAAGGUUGAGUUGCUGAGCCUGACCUUUAACAGGCCUUUGGAAUUCCCCCCACACAGACUAGAUAAGGGAUUUUUUUUUUAUGGGAAACGUAACAAGUUCACUUUAGAAUCCCUUUUUUGGUGCACAGAUCUGGCUACUUCACAGAAAUAUCAGCUCUGCAAGUAAGUUGGAGUUGAUCUCUUCCCUCAGAAAACUGCUGGCUGGUAGUCAUCAACAAGAUGUGAACAAGGAAGGUUCCCAAAGGAGAACACUGAACACUCGUUUCAGGAUGAAGCCGCAAGAGCAAAGAAGUACUUUUAACACAAACAAAUACCAUCCAUUGACCAACAGAUGCAGGAGGACUCUUUUCCCAACUACUCCUACAGCCCCUGUGCUGAGAAUCUGGCUCCUUCCAAAGCAGCUUCCUCUCCUGAUGCUGUUCUCUGCCUUGCAGACACCCUCUGGGAGUUCUGAGGUUGCCAUUAACAUCAACUUUGACUUGGCACCAAAUUCCUUUGAUGAUCAGUACCAAGGAUGCAGCCAGCAGGUCAUGGAGAAGCUAAGUCAAGGGGAUUAUUUCACAAAAGAAAUAGAAACACAUAGAAAUUACUACAGGGUCUGGAGUAAUGCCUAUUUAACCUGGUUGAACCAAGCAAAAGAUCUCCCCAAGAACAUUAAUAUUACGCAUGCUGUGGCCAUCUCAGUUUAUACAUCAAACAAUAGCAUUCGCACAGACUUCAUCAGAGCCAUGGCCAGUGCUACUAGGACUCCACGGCAGUAUAAACAUUCAUUCCAUUUCAAAUACCUACACUACUACCUGACCUCAGCAAUCCAGCUGCUAAGGAAAGAGAUAGUCGGGAAGAAUAACUCAUUGUGUUAUGAGGUGCAUCAUGAGAUGAAGGGUAUCAAUUUGGAAGCCUACAGAGGUGCCACCAUCCGAUUUGGCCAAUUCCUCUCCACCUCCCUCCGAAAAGAAGACACACAGAAGUCUGAAAACCAAACUCUAUUUACCAUAUUCACCUGUCUGGGUGCACCUGUAGAAGAAGUUUCUGUCAAGAAGGAGGUCUUGGUCCCUCCCUAUGAGUUGUUCAAAGUUGUAAAUAUGAGCUACAACCCAAGAGGAAAUUGGUUGCAAUUGCAGUCAGCUGGGAACCAGAGCACAUAUAACUGUCAGCUACUAAAAGCUUCCAGCAAAAAGUACAACCCAGCUCCCAUGGUUAUUGCUUCUCUCUCCUUCUUGACCAGUGUCGUCAUCUCUUCCAAAAGUAGAGUAUAAAGGAACCUUGUGGUUUUGCUUUCUCUGUGCCCUUUUGCUUGACGCCAGCCAGGGCACCCUGAAUACCCUUGGGGAAUCACUCUGUCCAGUCACCAACUGACACGGAGCUGGCCCAGCCCACUGCCUGUGAGUGGACCUGUAACUCCGUAUAUUUCUUCUCCGUGGACACAGAGAUUCAUACUGAAAUAGAAAAGGACCCAGCCAGAGCCAGUGAGAUACAAUCAUGGUAAUUUUUUGGCAUCAGGAUUGGGAGUGGGGUGGGAGCCUUUUUUUUUUUUUUUUUUUUUUUGAGUGAAGAUUAAUGAAAGCAGAGUGAGUAGGAGCCUGGAGCUACUAAGCAGCUAUCUUGCCACCAGCAGGGGAGACUCUAUCUCCUUGAGAAUGGAGCGAACACAAUGAAGGAAGAAUUGAGGAAUGAAAAGAAACCAUUUUGAUGAGAGUAAAUGAGCCCCUAGAUCCAAUUGUGCCUGAAACUGGACUCCUGGGCUUUUUUUAUUACAGAAAUCAAUAAAUAGUAUAUUUGCAUAAAUAAUAUGAAUUGAAUAUCCUACCUUAAGCAAUUAAAGGAAUCAUGAAUACAAGGAUUCUCCAUUAUUUUUUUUAGCAAUCCUAAGUAGGAACAAACCAGAGAAGCUUGAGUUCGAAAGCAGAGACCAAAUUCUUCAUCAGAUGGAAAAGCUUUGAAGCCCAGAGGCAUAACUAAAGUGUGAGAUUUUUAUCAGCAUUCAGGACCAAACCAGUGUAGUCUUAGAUAGGAGGAAAUAUGAAAACUUGAGAAAUAAAAGGGAAAGUUAAUACAAGAUGUUAGUGAAAUCUCAUUCAUUCACUGCCAGUAGUAGGUGCUGCACGUGUUUCUAAAACACUACAGAAGUGAGAAUUUAAAUUCAUAUAUUAAUUUAGAAAGAACUUUACGGCAAAUUGGAUUUUAAGUCAGCAUCAAAAAUGUAAGUACAUUUAUUAGGAAUGUACGUAGAUGUGUGUGGAGAUAAAGGAGAAGAUGUAGGAGAAAAAAAGUCUGAUAACCAAGCACAUAUCAAAGAUACACUGAGUCGCCACUAUGUGACAAUAAUUAAGUGAAAGGGAGUAUAAAUCAACGAACUUCACAGCUGGGAAUGUUCUCCAACUCACCUCAGUAGAAUACAAUAUGAGUGGGGCAAUGGGGUUGUUUUAGCGGAUUUCCAAAGACCUUAGUAUUGGGCUAAAUGGAGUGAAAGUGAGGGCUAGCUCUAUACCUUUGAAUUUUGAAAGUCUAUGCUACUUAGCCCCUCUGAGAUUUGAGUAAGAAACAACGAAAGUAAAAUCAGCUUAACUGACCCCAGGAGAACUUUCUAAAAGGACCGUGCCAUGAGAGAAGAGACUCAGUGAAGAAUUAGCCUAAAAUCACCUGGUAGAGAAUUCAGGCAUCUAAUACUUUACACGGAAUUUUGAGAAUAGGGCCAAGCGCAUCUCUGUCACCUAGCUUACAUUGGUCUCUAUACCUAAUAAAGCAAGGAUAAAAUUUCCAUAAACACAAUAUUCCUGAUUUAUUGCCCAGGGACCUUGGCAGGUUAGUGGCUACUGAGUAGAGUCCCGCAGGCCUGACUCUGGGAAGAAGCUUUGCUGUGAGCCUCAGUGAAGCAAUAGAAAAGCCUGCCAACAUCUUGCAUAUGUAAUUUUUUUUUCUGUGCCACAUAAAUGCACUUAUUGAACCAUACUAUGUACAAAACACUUUGGGGAUUAAAAGUUGAAUAUCGUAGGCCAGAUCUUCCAUGAGUUUACAAUCUCUUGGGAGAAAUUAAAAAAAGAACAUAGAGUCACAGAGGAAAUAGCAAAAGAAAGGGGGAAAUCAAGCCUUCUGUUCAUGAUAGUUCAAAAGAGAGACUCCUUCAAACUGAGGCAAGAAGAGAUGCCAGGAAGGCUUCAGGGAGGAGGCAGGAUUUGAACGAGGUCUUGGAACACUGGGAGUGGAGCAAGGGGUUAGAGGAAGAAGAUAGUAAGUGUAGGUAUGUGUCAAGUGCUUAGUGUCAUCGUGCAUACAAAUAAGCACUUGAAGUUUAGAGAAAAAUGAGAUCCUUCUGACCUAUGGUUGGAUACAGCUUUCUAUCAGAGAUGAGGCUUGAGAAAGGGGUUCAGAUGGGUAGAAAUGAGACACCUGAGCAGGAGAGAGUCGGAGGAUAUAGGAAUGACCAGUGUACGUAAGGGUCAGGAAGUAGGUCUGGUAGAGUGAAGCUGUAAUGUGGACCAGAAAGGAAAGAGUCACCCAGUCAAGCUAAAAAGGCAGUCUAAUGCAUUGGAUCUCCAUGAGAAAUCAGUUUUCUGAAUAAGACAUUCUAAAUAGGUGACUCUUAACACAUGCCUCCAGCACCUGCGGCAUCAGUGUCCCUUAAGAAUUUGUUAGAAAUGUGAGCUCUAGGGCCUGAUCCCAAUCCAUGGAAUCAGAAACUUAGAACCUAUGUUUAAGAAGCCCUCCAGGCUUGUGACUUAUGGGAUUACGAUCCUGCCGCUGCUUUAUAGAACAAAUCUCCAGAGAUAGAAGUUAUUCCCUUGAAUUAUGUAGAUUUGUAGGUUAAGGAUGAAUGUCCAUAGUUUACGUUCCCUUGAUCUCUCUCUAUGGUCCACAGUUUUUGUGCAAGAAAACCGUGAAGUGCACCGUUGAUUUAAAUCAAUUCAAAGUCUAAGUUCAUGAAAUUUUAGGACAUCACUUUCAAAAAUUUCACUGUAAUUUCUGCUCUUUUUUUUCUUCCGGGAUACCUUUGAAGAUAAAAUGGACACUUGACUGUGCACAAAUUCACAUGAAUUGUUAAAAGAGCUGGUGUUAUAAAGUUGCAUAGUAUUUACCUCCUAUAGUAAUUUUUAUUAAAAUAAAACAUGCUUCUCUCCUUUUUGUGUACACAAAAAGUUAUCUGGCCUCAUCUAUUAUUUUAUUUUUAUCUUUAUAAUUUAGUGUUCUAAUAUGCCUACCUGAUUGUCGUGAAUUUCUCUGUUUGCUAUUACUUUGAAAAAUAAUAAAGCCAGUGAAAGAAAAUU